AUGAAGUACGCAGUUGCUCUCUCCGCUCUGGCAGCAGCAGCCACCUGUGUGUCUGCACAGACUCCAGACGGAUGCUCUUCAGAUUACUCCGGCUACUUCGAGUACAACCCGGUGCCUAUCUCUGGCGCCUCCAAGCGUGACGUCGCUCCCUUGCACAAGCGACAAACGCAGACCUGCACAUCCGAGCCCUACAGCACCCUCAAAGGCGGCGUCCUCACAGACCAAUGUGGGCGGACCGGUGAAAUCGUCGCCAAUGCCCAAUUCCAGUACGAUGUACACCUACAAAACAACGCCAUCAACACCGGAGGCUUCUCCAUCUGCGCCAACAACACCCUGGCUAUUGCCGGAAGCGCUGUCUUCUACCACUGCUUGAGCGGCACCUUCUACAACCUGUACGAUGCCAGCAUCGGCGCCCAAUGCUCCCCAGUCUACAUGGAGAUCAUUCCAUGCACUCUUCCGGCCGAUGCCGGCUCCGACUGCCCAGCCGGCACUCCUACUUCCGUCUCUUCUUCCACCUCGCCCUCUUCCAUUUCGAGCACAUCCGUCGCAUCCGUCCCCUCGAGCACGUCAGGCACCUCCCCCGCAAUUACCCCCGCUGCUGUCGCUGCCCCAGCAAAUGCUGUCUUGGUGGUCUCCAUGCCAUACACCUACACGUCCAGUAACGCCACUGCAUCGGCCACCGCUACUGGUACCGGUGUUGUUACGCCAGGAAGCACUGGCACGGCCAAAUCUUCCCCCAUUGCCUUCCACGGCGGAGCCGCCAGCCUCGCAAUGGGCGGCAAACUCCUGGUGUCGGCCGUUGCUAUCGCGGCAUUGGCUUUUUUGGCUUAA